AGAUACAGGCGAGUGAAAGACUGCUGCGUGUAUCAUUGGCGGGAUGCAGAGAGUAUCAAUUAUACUUCCGUUUUAAAUCAUUUUCUCAUUAAUUUAUCAUUUGGAUCGGUUUCUAUUAUAUUCAGUCUAGUGUUGCAUGAUUGGUUUACAGUAAAACAGCUGGCCGUGAAUCUAUGGUGGACUUUGCUUUUAAAUGCGCGGUGAAGGAACCUCAAGGAUCCACUUUCAUUGUGUUUUUGGGGCUUUUGAAGGAAGGUCUGCUGGAGCGGGUUUGUUUCACACUCUUCUUUGUGUUCAGAGAUCCGCACAUUCAGCCGUUUGGAAGAAAAGGUCCGUCCUCUCCUCUCCGUCAGCCUCCAAGAUAGAUUCUCUCAGGAGUAAGGUGGAACUGCUGAAGCUGCCCUUGACUCUGUCGUCCAAAUCCAUCUCGGAGCGCAAGACUCGGCUGGGCGGAGCCACAGAGCGCUCCAGGGGCGGAGCUGGGGCCCACAAACCCCGCCCACCGGCCCCAGACAUGGACAACGAGUCGCAGUACUCGGGCUACUCCUACAAGUCUUCACAUUCACGCAGCUCUCGCAAACACAGGGACCGGAGAGACAGGCAUCGCUCGAAGAGCAGAGACAGCAGCAGCAGAGCAGACAAGUCUGUGACCAUCCAGGCCCCCGGAGAGCCGCUGCUGGACGCCGAGAGCACACGCGGAGAUGACCGGGAUGAUAACUGGGGCGAGACCACCACCGUCGUGACCGGGACGUCCGAGCACAGCGUGUCUAAUGAGGACCUGACGCGAGCGUCUAAGGAGCUGGAGGACUCGUCGCCGCUGGAGUGUCGUCGUUUCGCGGGGCCGGUGUUGAGCGGUGUUCUGGGUCUGUUCGCGCUCCUGACGCCGCUGGCCUUCCUGCUGCUGCCGCAGCUGCUGUGGCGUGACUCUCUGGAGCCCUGCGGGACCCCCUGCGAGGGCCUGUACGUCUCGCUGGCCUUCAAGCUGCUGGUGCUGCUCAUCUCGUCCUGGGCUCUGUUCCUGCGGCCGCCCCGCGCCACGCUCUGCCGCGCUUUCUUCGUCUUCCGCUGCCUCCUGAUGGCGCUGGUCUUCCUCUUCGUGGCCUCGUACUGGCUCUUCUACGGCGUGCGGGUGCUGGAGCCCCGAGAGCGUGACUACAGGGGCAUCGUGGGAUACGCCGUCUCUCUGGUGGACGCGCUGCUGUUCAUCCAGUAUCUGGCGCUCGUGCUGCUGGAGGUCAGGCACCUCAGACCCGCCUUCUGCCUCAAAGUGGUCCGCACCACCGACGGAGCCAGCCGCUUCUACAGCGUGGGCCACCUCAGUAUCCAGCGAGCAGCGGUGUGGGUUCUGGAUCACUACUACACUGAUUUCCCCGUCUACAACCCUGCUUUACUCAACCUGCCCAAGUCCAUCCUGUCCAAGAAGAUGUCUGGGUUCAAGGUGUACUCGCUGGGAGAAGAGAACAGCACCAAUAACUCGACGGGUCAGUCUCGGGCGAUGAUCGCCGCCGCCGCCCGCAGACGGGACAACUCUCACAACGAAUACUACUACGAGGAGGCCGAGAUGGACCGCAGGGUCAGGAAGCGCAAGGCCAGGCUGGUGGUGGCGGUAGAGGAGGCGUUCACUCACAUCAAAAGGCUUCAGGACGAUGAGGCAGCGUCGUCACCCAAGCACCCGCGUGAGGUGAUGGACCCUCGAGAGGCGGCCCAGGCCAUCUUCGCCCCCAUGGCUCGAGCCAUGCAGAAGUACCUGCGCACCACGCGCCAGCAGCCCUACCACAGCAUGGAGAGCAUCAUCGCUCACCUGCAGUUCUGCAUCACUCACAACAUGACGCCCAAGGCGUUUCUGGAGCGCUACCUGGCCCCGGGCCCCACCAUGCAGUACCAGCGAGAGAACGGCAGCAGGGGGCGCCAGUGGACUCUGGUGAGCGAGGAGCCCGUGACCUCAGCACUGCGGCAGGGACUGGUGUUCUCCCUCCGCCGCCUCGAUUUCGCUCUGGUCGUCACGGUGACGCCCCUCCCCUUCCUCAACCUGGGGGAGGAGUUCAUCGACCCCAAGAGCCACAAGUUCGUGAUGCGGCUCCAGUCAGAGACCUCUGUGUGAGAGAAUGACAAGAGACUCAAGGACACAACCACUCGCUUUUUGUCUUUUAGAUAUCACAGUUUGUCUGUCUUACACUACUUUGAUCUAGAGACUGUCUGGAUGAGUCUGGACUCACUGACUCUUUCAGCUGUGAAUAUAACAGGUGUCACGAUCACACAUCAGUGCUGCACAGUACGGAUGAUUUACCAGCAGUGCCAGGUGUCAGGGGAACACUACACCCACAUUAAAACCCGUCAAACAAUCACUCCGAAGUGAUGCAGACACUACAAGACUGUAGCGGAGCCAUCAAGUGCUUUACUUUAUGAUUGUCAGUCCAAAAAAAAAAGCACAAGAGAAGCAUGUUUGUGACUCGAGCUCUGUAUCUGUCGUGAAUGUUUUUAAGAUGUCGUACGUAUGGCGUUUGCAGUACUUUAUUCUUUAUUCUAAUGAAUCGAGGGGCCUUUUAUAUCAUCCUGUACACCAGCAAACUCACAGGUUUUUGUUUGUUUGUUUGUUUUUGUAGUGUUUGGUUUGUGAGUCUGUCAUACAUGACCAAUCAAAUGUGACCUUUACAGAAAAUGCAAAAAACAUGAAUGCGUGCCGAAUGUGGUGACUGUGCCUCAGUGCACACACACACAGCUGGCCGAUCUCAGUCAGAUUUCUGGCCGGUUUAAGGACAAUGAAUCUACCAGCUUUGGGUCCGCCUUCACUUCUUGUACAUAACUCAUUCUUCUUCUACACAAGAGGGAUUUGAAAUGAUGUGGGUGUUUAUGGUUAUCAGAACUGAGCGUUUCAUCUUCAGGCCUGAUGCAUGCAUGUAGGCGAUGCAGUUUUAUACUUUGUUUUUUUUACUUUUUAUCAUUUUUGUAUGGAAGCUAAUCUUUUAACAUUUUCCCUUAAGAAAUGGUUUGUUGUAAAGAGAUUUGUAGAUUUUUGGUUAUUGUGUGAAGAUCUUUUUUUGGCAUCUGAUAAUUUUAGAACUAAAAAUGUUGCAGCUUUUUUUUGUAAUAAAUGAUCAACUCGACUCAACUUUUGAAGAGUUUGGCUCAGUUUUUUUGUACCCCAAUUUCCAAAGACCUGCUCAAAUAAAAAUAGAUUUU